GGACAUUUGGUUCCUCCAGUGCUGCCCGUGAUCACACCCGUUACACCUCCAUCAUUCGUAAUCCAUUGUCCGUGGUCUUUUUCUUUGUUUUAUUUUACUCACUCUGUUAGGACACAAUGGCAAUUUUUGUGGAAAGGGAAAAUAGAUUUAAAAACGAACUGUGAUACUGCGAACGGUUUGAAUCUGGUCUCCCAGCUCUAUCGAGCUGCUGUCCAUGUCAUCUCUGUCCGCCGCUCGUUCACGCUUAUGCACUCAACCUUUUCCCUUUUUCCAGGUGCUCUAUCUUUAUCUGUUCGUGAUACAGAAAUGCAUCGAGGCGAGACGGUGAAACACUACAAGAUCAAACGAACCGGGAAAGCAGACGAGGUGUACAUCACAACAAAGCAAGUUUUGCCGGACCUGAAAGCGCUGGUUGCGCACUAUUCAGCACAGGCAGAUGGAUUGUGCUGUUGUCUCACCCGACCAUGUCCACGACCGCCACCUGUACCGAACGACCUGUCGCGUCUAACACGGGACCAGUGGGAAAUUCCGCGAUCUUCACUAACCCUAAUUGAGCGACUUGGCUCCGGUCAGUUUGGAGAUGUAUGGAAAGGCAAAUGGAAUGGAAUAACCGAGGUGGCUAUUAAAACUCUGAAACCAGGUACGAUGAGCCAUGAGGAUUUCCUAAAAGAGGCCCGGAUCAUGAAACGUCUUCAUCAUCCUCGACUAGUCCGACUGUAUGCUGUCGUGACCUCCGAACCAAUUUACAUUGUGACAGAAUUGAUGCCAAACGGAAGUCUACUUCAUUAUUUACGUGAUGGGGCUGGUCAAGAUCUGGGUUUAAAGCCCCUGGUGGACAUGAUGGCACAAAUCGCUAGCGGAAUGGCCUAUCUGGAACAAGAAGGCUAUAUUCAUCGUGAUUUGGCGGCAAGAAACAUUUUGGUCGGGGAGCACAACACUGUGAAAGUAGCCGACUUUGGUCUAGCCCGCAUCAUUGACGGAGGAAGUGAAACAUACACAGCGAAACAGGGUGCUCAGUUUCCCAUUAAAUGGACUGCACCGGAGGCUGCUUUACUCGGACGAUUCACCGUGAAAUCAGACGUCUGGUCCUUUGGGAUAGUCAUUUACGAGAUCAUCACGCACGGUCAAGUCCCAUUCCCCUCCAUGAACAAUACGGAGACACUGCAACAGGUGGACAGUGGCUAUCGUAUGCCCCGACCCGCUAAUUGUCCUGUUUCAAUCUACGAAGUGAUGCUUCACACGUGGGACGCCAUUCCGGACAACAGACCCACAUUCCGCUACACUCAAACGCACACAAAAACACACCUAGUCACAAUCGCUUUUUGCAAAUCAAACAAGCUACGUGUCCGAAGAAUGAAAUUCAAUUCUGACGAUAAAUCUCCACCACCAUCAGCUAUUUAUUUGAUCUUAAGAAAAACAAAAGUUGUGGGACAAAAUAUACAUAGAUGUAUACAGUCUAAUGCAGGUUUUCUUUCGGGGGAGACCGUAAACAAACUUUCCUCGUCUUUCUUGUUUGUUUCAUUUUGUUCUCGGACAACUUGCGCUUCAGUUUCGUUCAGCCCCCUUCCACCUCCGGCUCACUGUACAUAUCUCACACUGCUUUCUUUCUUCUACCUCCUUUGUCUAGGAUAUUCAUUGAACAGUUUGAAUAAAUCAUGA